AAAAAAAAGAGGCCCAAACAGGUGAUCUUUUUGGCCAAUGGGCACAGCGCGCGGUGAACCUUUGACCUUAACAUGGCAGCUUGUUGUUGAUAUCGAGCUCGAACACUUAACAAACUAAAAUACACCAAAAUGGAUCGUUUUUUGCUCCCUUAACGUCCACGUUCUGGGCCACAACCUGAAGGGAAACAAGACUGUGAAAGUGCAGACACGUCGCUCGUCCUCACAGAGUCCCAGGAACAAGAAAAUCGGGGGGGAUGAAGACGAAGGAGAAUCGCCGGCGGAGGUUUCCAUUGAGGAUGCUAACGUUACGGCUUGUGCUACAGGUGACAUUAGCAGCCAUCCUCAAUCAAGACGGCCCAAGACGGCCAGUCCUUCAAAAAUACCGCACGCGGCAAUUUGGGAAUCAGCAGAGAAGUUUUAACAAAAGUUUGAUGGAUCAGUAUUCAUAAUACAGCGUGGCCAAAGAUGCAACAUUUUGUGUAGCGUGUAGGCAUUUUCUGAAAUGAGGGCACGGAUUUAAUUUAGAGCCAAACAUUUACCAGCAACGGAUUGAACAACUGGCGGAAAGCAUCAGCCUCAGUGGAGACACCAAGACCAGUAAUCUGGCACUUUUGGCUAUGAACACGGAGAGAAGGAGGACCCUUGACUGCGACAACACCAUUGAAGCCAUUCGCAGUCAAUCACAGCAACAGACGUAUUGUUUUCUUGUGAAAGCGUCUAUCGGUACAUGAAACUUGUGUUGCCAGCUGGCUGGCUGGCUCCCCACACCGCGCAUGAGGUGGGCCGGUCUGUCAGUAACUCCCGGGCCACUUUCCCCCCCCAGUCCCCUGAUCCACACAUACCCAACCGGACAGACUUCAGUCAUCUUCAACAAACCAAGUGUGUUGCCAUCCACAAAAUCCAUCUUCUCCUUCACUCCCUCCCCCACCGACUGUGUUGAAGCUCACCGGGUGUGCUCUGCUGACCCCCAGUGUGAGGCGCUGUACCGAGGCCUGGAGCUGUGUGCAGCUGAUGCGGAGAUGUCCCCGCUUGGGGAUCAGGCGGCUGCUGAGUGCCUGGAGGGACAGGACGCUUUGCUGACCAAACACCCCUCUCUGUCAUCCUGCAAGUGUCAGCGCGGCUUCCGCAAAGAGGAGCAGUGUCUGCGCAUAUACUGGAGGGUUCGCCUGCUGCCAGCCUCCACUUUCAUGCAGCUGGAUGGUGAGAACCAGUGCCUGAAGGCAGCGCAGGACUGCGGCCUCUACGAGAAGUGUGGCUCUCUGCGAUCGGAGUACGUGCUGGCCUGCACCAAACGGAUGCCCGGGACCAGCCGAUGCAACCAGCACAAGUGCCACCGGGCCCUGCGGCGCUUUCUGGAGCGAGUGCCUGAGGAGUACAGCCUGGGUGUCCUGUUCUGCCCCUGCACCAACACACUGUGUGGUGAGAGGAGGAGGAAAACCAUUGUACCCUCCUGCUCCUACCAGGACAUGGAGGGUCUGCAGCCUAACUGCCUCCAUCAGCAGAGCUUCUGCCGCCGAGAUGACCUCUGCAGGUCCAGACUGGCUGAUUUUCUUAAUAACUGCCAGCCAUCUCCUCUGACGGCCAGCGGCUGUCUGAAAGACUCAGCAGGCCUGUGCCUCCGAGCCUACGCUGGACUCAUCGGUACCAUCAUGACCCCCAACUACAUCAGUAACAGCUCUGCAGAUGUGUCACUGUGGUGCAACUGUGAAGGCAGUGGAAACCAGUGGCAGGAUUGCCUGAGACUGCAGCACAUGUUCACCCACAACACCUGCCUGCGUAACUCUAUCACUUGGAUGGGGAGUCCCGGCUCCCUGCCUGCGGACACCACCAAGCCGCCUGCUCCCAGACCCUCCCCGAUCGUUCAGGAGGACGAGCUGCUGAGCAACAACCACCUGCCCGAACACAACAACAUUGUGGUGGAGAGUGAGGAAGAGGAGGAGCUGACACAGACAGAGAUGGAGGAGGAAGAUGAAGGUGGCCAGUCUGAUGUCAUCCUGCUUUACUCAGAGAGGGCCACCGUCUCCAACCUGGGCCCCCCCGGCACAGGUGGGGCCGCAUCGCUCACUGCUGGCCCUCCAAAAGCAAUCCUACUGCUCCUUCUGUUUCUGUCUGCCUCCCUCAUCUGGGGGUAGAACACAAAACGUACAGAAUACACACAUGCACAUGCACACACACGCACACAUAUGCACACACAUGCACAUACACACAAUCAUAUUUAAUGGACCUACAAUCCUGGACUAAUGGGUGUGAAAUUGUUGAAAGCAUAGUGAAGUUGUAAAAACUGUUCAGGUCAGCCUCCUAAAUUUUAAUAAUCAGUAAUACACAUACAUUUUUUAAAAUGCUAUGCUAUUUCUGAGUUAGUGAAUAGAAUGAACAUACUGGUGCCAAAAUGGGUUCAAAGUCACCGCUGCUGGUAGUUCAACACAAAUAAGAUACAAUACACACAGUUAUGUUUGCUUAACUUGUCAGCAAUAUGCUACAGUUGGGCCUUUGUGCUAUAUGGCUUCAAACAAAGAGAAGGCCUGUAGGAGAAAUCAGAAGCCUAACUACUAGGGCCUUGCCAACAUGAGGAGUUCAAGAACAAAAGAACUGAACUGAGGCUCAAAAGGUGUGAAAAACUGUAACUCAAGGUAUGACCAGCCCCCAAAACUUUCACCCGGUCCCAUUGGCUGUGAGCCUGGAAGCUCCGGCAGGAUCACAAUGACGUCACUCCCAGGUCAAAGGUCAGGAGACCCCACUGCACAUUGCAUUUCCAGGUAGCUCAGUUGUGGAGAGACUCCAGUUUCAUGCAGCCGCUGCAUGGCCUUGUCUUGGAAUCGAGGGCAUUUUUACUCGGUCUUGUCUCGGUCUCAGACUGGGUGGACUCGGGUUAUUUGAACGAGACCGCUCAAGACCACUGCUGAUAGGCUAAGAGUGGAAAAUGACCCUCUCAAAAACAGCUGCUAAUAACCUAAUAAUAAGCUAAUAAUCACUGGUAGUGUAAAGAUUUCCCCCAGCUGCAGCUGCUACCUGCCCGGUGUCACUGUGAGAGUGACUGACACGCCUCCCUGUACACUGAGUAUGGAGACGACAGCAGUAGGUGAUUUGAGGUGGGGUGCCGUCCCCUUUGUUAGCAAAAUUACCAAUAAGCAUCCCCCUUGUUAACCUGACAUCAGUCUCCAUCUGCUAGUAGGGAGGGCUGUCAGUUUAACACGUUAAUUAGGUUAAUUAAUUACACUGCAAAUUAACACGUUAUAAAAAUUAACGCAAUUAAUUCUGAGAUUCUGAGUGGGAAUUCAAUGCACAAGCAUUUUAAAUUUGGCCCACUGAAUGACCCGUAGGCUACUUGGCAGUGGCUCGUCACGGUAGCACUAGCACCGAGGAACUUGUCCAGACGUGUUCGUCACUUCCCACCUGCAUCGCUAGUCAAAGCAGGGUGACAACAGACAUGAGCCGUUUUUAGACAGAGCACCAAGCUGCUAAUUUACCCGUCCUUUUGGCGGCUCGGUCCGUGGUUUUAGACAGAGGCCAGCAAAUUGGGGGUCUGUUUUGGUCCGCCGAUUGUCCGCCGAUUUUCCGAAAUGUGCCGGCCUCUGAGUGAGGUGGGCGGAGGUGUCAAUGACCUGCACUGUAUAAAUCAAACACCCUGUACAGACUCCGGAUUGUAUAAAAACGAAAAAUUACCAGAUCAACAAAGUUGGGCAGGCGAAAGGCUUCUGAAAGGAUCCUGCUUGAAGUGUAUUGUGAGUGACAUGAGAAAACUCUGUCUGAAUAAGUCCACUGCUACAAUUUAAAGGUGCAUUUACUCAUUAUUGUGUGUCGUGCUCUCACUGGGCCAUAUAUAACUGUGGGCCACAAUAAUCCGAAAUAAGUUCAACCCUUUCCAUGGUCGGUUUAGGCAUUUAUUUGCUAACUUUCAAAGCACCGACUAUAUUAGCCUUGUUGUCACAAGCAAGAUAACAGACCAACAUCAAUGAAAUGGGCCAUAUUUCUUCCCCAAUUUAUGUGAUAUACACACACACAAGGCUUUGUCAAGUCAAACUGGAGUUGUGUGUGCUUGUAUAGAAAGAACAGGCAGUGUAUGGGUAAAAUAUAAAUCAGGCAAAAUUAAUGGUUUAAAACACAAUGUUUCAAAAGAAAGGUCUUGGUCUUGUCUCAGUCUCGACCUCCAAAAUUCUUGGCCAAGUCUCAGUCUCGGUACUCUCUGGUCUCGGUAAUGUCUUGGUCUCGGUUGGUGUGGUCUUCACUACAACACUAGUAUAUGGCGUGUUUUUCUUAGUUGUGCUUGCUCUUGUUGUGAAAGGACCACCGAGUCCUAGUUACGGUUUACUGUACUGUAUGCUAGCUGUAUUAUUACGCUUGCUAGGAGCUCAUUCAGGCUAAUCCACUUAGCAGAUAGCUUGUGUAUUUUUUUCGCCGGGUGUGAUCACAAUACGUUGUAUUCCAGCUCACCCAGCGGACGACCAGUGAACGUCGAUUUGCUUGCCAGCCACUGUUGAGGGAGAGACAAUCGCUGUGUACUACAUGGUUGUUGUGUUGUUUCUUUGUUGUCUGCUAAGUGCCCGCUUAGUUUCUCUCCUUUUACUAACUCACUCACACACACCGAGAUACACAUGAUCUCAUGAGCGAUCUGUUGGAAACAUUUAGUCGAUAACCCCGCUGUAACAUAAGACACGUGUGUCUAGUAUAUUCCCUUUAUUGACUGCAGAGGCGGACUACUCGCGGUAGCAUGGCCACCUUUUUGGAACUGUGGGUAUUAUCCCGCUAAAUUCACCUCGCACGAGACCAAAGACAAUGUAACUCCUGUCUUUGUCACCUUUAUCACCUGUGGUCGAUAUAGUCACUGCUGUCAUUUUUGAAUUCCAGGUAUAUGAUUCAGUUGAAUCUGAAUCAUCACCUUGGGAUUCGUUUCCAGUAGUCUCUCCAACGAGAGUUCUUAAGUCACGCGUACUAAUUUGUAGUCCAGCAAACGUGAUUUCUGAAGCCAUGUUUAACCAUCUUUGUAGUCUCUAUAAGGGACUUCCUGCCUUACACACAUACACACCUCUACCCAUUUAUAUGUUUGUCUUGCUUAUGUUUUUGAUGUUGCUAGUUGUUGAAAGCAACUGUUGUUUAUUGAAGUAGGAGGUUUGUGGGCUUUAAUAAAUACUGUUAA